CGGGGCGCGCAGAGCGGCGGCGGCGGGGGGAGCGGGGCAAGCAGAGGCAGCGCGGGGCUGGCCGUGGGCAACCCCAAUGCGUGGACUAUCCUCUGCUGCAUUAUGCUGGAGCUACAGUUCCGCUGAAGGGAGUUUGCACACAGCCGGCUGGGCUGGACUGCAGCGCUGCCGUUCCUUAUGAAGAAGGCACAAACUUGGAUUAUCACUUGCUUUUGUCUUCAACUACUCCUACUUAAUCCUCUUGUCAAAGCCCAGAGUUCCUGCGGGAAUCCAGUGACAGAUGAUGUGAAUGACAUUGCAAAAUUGGUCGGAAAUCUCCCAAAUGAUUAUAUGAUAACCCUUAAAUAUGUCCCGAAGAUGGAUAGUCUGCCUAAUCACUGUUGGUUGCAUUUGAUGGUGCCUGAGUUUUCAAGGAGUCUACAUAAUCUUCUCCAGAAAUUUUCAGAUAUUUCAGAUAUGUCUGAUGUUUUAAGCAACUAUUCAAUCAUCAAUAAUCUCACAAGGAUAAUUAAUGAUCUUAUGGCAUGCCUAGCUUUUGAUAAAAAUAAGGAUUUUGUAAAAGAAAAUGGUCACCUUUAUAAAGAAGAUCGCUUCAUUCCUGAGGAUUUUUUUAGGCACUUUAAUAGUACUAUUGAGGUCUACAAGGAGUUUGCAGACAGGUUGGAUAAGAAUGACUGCAUUCUGCCUUCAACAGUAGAAACACCAGAGAAUGAUUCCAGAGUCGCUGUCACAAAAACAUUUUUGUUUCCUCCUGUUGCUGCCAGCUCCCUUAGGAAUGACAGCAUUGGCAGUAACACUAGCAGUAACAAAGAGGCACUUGGCUUCAUUAGCAGCUCCAGCCUGCAAGGGAUCAGCAUAGCACUGACUUCAUUGCUGUCUCUUCUUAUUGGCUUUAUUUUGGGAGCCAUAUACUGGAAGAAAACACAUCCCAAAUCCAGACCAGAAAGUGAUGAAACUACACAGUGUCACGACUGUCAAGAGGAAAAUGAGAUAAGUAUGUUGCAGCAAAAAGAAAAGGAACAUCUACAAGUGUAGCUGUUGCUUUUUCUCCCUCAACACUGUUACUGUUUCGUGUACUGGCAGGUAACAGUUCCAUGUUCGCUUCAUAAAUGAAGCAGCUUUAAGCACAUUCGUAUUCCUUCUGGAGUGACAGACUGAGUCUGCAUCUGUUGUUGCUGCCCAUGACUCCAUAGACAUGAUAUAGAAAUGAGGACAAUUUGUGUUUGUUACUGUGAAACCAACACUGAAUUGAACAACGAUAAGAAGAGUGUGCACUUAGCAGGACUGUAUCUUAUGUGAAUAUCUACCUUGUGUGGCAUUUGGGGAUUUUCAAUUGCAUUAGCUUUUGCAGCUGACUCUGCCAAACAAAGUACAUCCUGAACAAAAAGCAUCUUUCAAAUGCCUCCAACUAUGUGUAAUCAUUGAAAGUCAUAAAUACCUUUGCAUCCUUAAUUUAAGUUCUGUGUCCUCUACCUUACCUUGGUGUCUUCAGAUGGAGUUCUCUGAACUGACAGAAAAUGCAGAAAUGGAUACAGAUAACAUACUCUUCAAUGUUGUAUAUAAAACUUGAAAGCAAAAUCAUUCCAUGGCCCCGUGUUCUAGCCUUUUACUUAUAAGGAGCUGUGUUUAUGCCUGGCAAAGGUUGUGUGUACAGCAACAUGUGGUCUCUAUUGGGUGCCAGGUGGCUGCUUGCCCACCCCAGAAAGCUUCAAGAAUUCAUCAGUGUUGGUGGUCUCUGUUCAGGAGGAGCAAAUACUGGAUGAAGACAAAGUAAACAGGAGGUGAAUGUACCUCAUGGAGCUUCGAAGCAUUAAGAGUAACUGCUGGGUGUGUGAACACUGGUGAAAUUUCCAGCCAUGCCAAGGGAAGUGAAAGUAAGGAGUCUGAAUUGCGUUCAAACAUCAGAAUAAAGACAAACCCAUGAAAGGCAUUUUAAACGCUGAAGAUGCAUGCCAUUGAUACCUUGUCUUUAAAUGUAUAGCAUAGAAAAUCUGAAAGAUCCUGAGAAUGUAUUUAGCAUUUAUUUACAUCAGCUGUAAUUAAUGUUUGCAUUGUGUUUUAAGUGAUUAGUAAGCUUUAAUAUCCUGGCAUUCUCCACUCAAAGUUAAUUCUCUCAAAACAAAACAGAAAGGCUUUUUUUCUCACUUGUCUUCUGCAUCUAUUGCUGUUAUAGCAUCCAUGGAAUCUGUACAGGAUUGAUCUGCAGACAUGCAUUUUCAAGUAAAUCCUAAAAAUAACAUGGUAAAAGUUAUAAGUGUAGUUGUGCAUAUUAUCGUCUUGGCUCUUUCCAGAUAAUGGGUAUGAAUUAUUUAUCUGUAUUAGGGGUUUGUACUUCAGAAGCUAAAGGUGGCUCUUCUGAUGACAAUCUGUCGUCUGUCAUCAAACCGACCAAGUCAGCACAAGUUUUAGUUUAAAUAACUUGCAAACUUAAUAAAAAACCCACCACCCUUUUAAAGUUUUCCAUAAAGUUGGAGUUGUCUUUAAAGUGUAUAGUUACUUCAUUUUUUUAAGAAUUCUUGUGGAAAUUUUAAUCAUCUGAUGAAUUUUCUGAGAACCAUGCAUAAAAGGAAUAUGACAUACAUAUAAUAUAUACGUGUGUGUGUGUGUGUGUGUGUGUGUGUACUAUUAGUAAAACUGAUUUGUCUUUCCUACUUACCAAAAAGAAAAAACCUCAAAACCUCAAAACCUUACUAUGUUUGAUGACAGAGCUCAUGUGUGCAUGUAGCCACUCUGCAUGGAAUUUUGACCCUACUGAGAUCAAUAUCGAAACUUCUCAUGAAUUCACUGAUCCAAGGAUUUGAUCAUGUGGAAAUAUUUUUUAUUUAUACUGAGGCCUUUUUGCACUUUCUGAGUGUCAGAAAAGGGUCCUCAAGCCCUGCUUAGCUGGUAUAAAUUAGCACAGUUCCAUUAACAUUAACUGAGCUUUGGGGUUUGCAUCAUCAUGGACCUGUUGGAGUGGGUCCAGAGGAGGGCCACGAAGAUGAUCCGAGGGCUGGAGCACCUCUCCUACGAAGACGGGCUGAGAGAGUCGGGGUUGUUCAGCCUGGAGAAGAGAAGGCUCCAGGGAGACCUUAUAGCAGCAUUCCAGUACCUGAAGGGGGCCUACAAGAAAGCUGGGGAGGGGCUGUUUGCAAGGGCAUGUAGCGACAGGACGAGGGGCAAUGGUUAUAAACUAAAGCAAGGUAGGUUUAGAUUAGACAUUAGGAAGAAGUUCUUUACAAUGAGGGUGGUGAGACACUCGCACAGGUUGCCCAGAGAGGUGGUGGAGGCCCCAUCCCUGGAGACAUUCAAGGCCAGGCUUGAUGAGGUUCUGAGCAACCUGAUCUAGUUGAAGAUGUCCCUGCUUACUGCAGGGGGGUUGGACUAGAUGACCUUUAAUGGUCCCUUCCAACCUAACAGAUUCUAUGGCUCUAUGAUUCUAUGAUCAUCUGAGGAACUUCUCUUAGUCUAGAUCUAAAGAGGCCUAGUGUGAGAAUUAGGCCUUAAUUUUUAUUCAGAAGAUGCUGGAGCACUCACCACUUAAUAAAGAGUAAUCAAGGUUGCUCAUAACUUCUAAAAAGCAAGUGCAUCCCAAAUUUUAGCUCUGCAAAAGUCAAACAACAGAAUUACCCAUCUGCAGCUCAGUCUCAUUUGACAUUGUGUAGUUCUUUACUCACAAGGCCCUCAGACUUUGUGUUUCAAUCUUAUUUAACAGUUAGCCUGAAAAAAAUGUCAGCAUGACCUAAUUGAUGAGAAAUUUGCACCUUAUUGGUAAUGUGGAGAAUAACUGUGUAUUGAUUUUGACAGAAUGGAAACGUAUCCACAAUAAAUAGAAGCAAUUAUCCUUACACAUUUUACAAAAACCUUAAAUACUUCAUGUUGCUAUACAAUAUGUUCUCAAAGCAAGCUUAUGCAUUUGAUGCUUUACAGUCUUUUUCUCCAAUUCAGUUAAAAAAAAAUCUUGUAUUUAUUCAAGUUCUUUGUUCAUAAUAAUGUUAGUUCUCCUAAAUGUGUUUUUCCAGAAAAUCGAAUACACAAUAAUGUUGCACAUUGGUGUCCCCCGAAUUAUACUUUAAUGUUCAAAAUGCACGAUGUUUUAGGCUCUUUAGUCUACUGUUCAAUACUAUAGAAAAUAUCAGUUGUAAAUUGAAACAUACAUUAAAUCCAGAUAGACUACUGCAAAAUGUUCACCCUCCAAAAGUAACAUCUUGAAAUAGUAGCUAAGUCACUUUCCAGUGGUGUCGAACACUUUAAUCUCUUCCGUGGAGCAGGGCAGAUUUAAGGCUACAUGAGAACAGAAAGAAAAUUCCAGCUUCACAUCACAAACAUUGUUCUUUAAAUAUGCAUCAAAAUUGCUCAACACAAGGAGUAAAAGAACUGUUGUCAGAGCUCCUGGAUUUCCUGUUCUCUGCACCUUUUGAGAGAUCUGAACAAAAUUUGGGUGUUCUCAAUCAUUUUUGCAAAGCAGAAAGACACUUCUAGAUGUUUGUUGAUACAGUGGAUAACUCGGCUCUUGGAAAUAUGAUCGUGAAAUUAUUUGAAAGUUUCUGUGCCCAAUUUGUCUACCCACUGAGGGGGCCCUUACUUCGGUUGUAGGAAAUUUUGAAAGACUACUGGCUUGUGAGGCAUCUUUGAAAUCAAUUAAAAUAAGUUACUGUUUAGUGGGAGUAGGGAUGGCAGAAAUAGUCCUUUAAUUCCUUCUUUAUCCAGUUUAAGCGAUUUAACUUAUGAAGAGUGAACAGUUUUUCAGUCGUCUUUUUAGGUAGACAGAGCCCAUGCAUUAACACAGUUAGAAAAUGAAUGCCCUUUCUCUUAAAAUUGAAAUUGGGGAAAAGUGAGUGUUGUAUUUUUUAUAUAAAGGUCAACCAAAUUUGUUUUUCAGAUGUCUGUGGUUUUGUGCGAAACAAACAUUUUUAGGUUUUCUUUGGAGUAGUUGAACUUUGCAUGUAAUUAAUAGUGGCCUUGUGACAAUAAAAAGCAGAUAGUGAUAUACUGAGUAUCUCAAUGUGCUACUUUAGAUGUGUGUUUACUUGAAUAAAUUAAUGGUACUUACUUCAUCACAAGGUCAUUUUAUAAGUAAGCUUAUAAAAUGUGCUAUACUAUGGAUUAUGUGUACAACCUGCACAUUUUUUAGAUUCUGAUCUUCACCAGCUCUGUUUUCUCUGUUGCUCUCUGUAAUAUGCUGAAACUGUUCAGUACACACAAUACAACUAUUAAAUUGAAAAGCUAACUGUAUAUAUAAAAUACAGAUAUUUCGAGUUAGAUUUACAUUAAAGAACUAUCCAACAUUCUUCAAUUCAGGAAUCUGAUUCAACUGUCUAUUAAAUGCAGAUCUACAGUAAUGGUGGCAUGUUGCUAUUAUGUUAUCAAAUUGAUGGAACGCGGAAACUUCAGACUCUUUAGUGAUAGAGACACAGACAUUUGCUGGUUGUAUCAUGGGCAAAUUCAUUUAUUUCAAUGUAAAUGUCAGCACAGUCUUGCAUAGUUACAUUCUGACUGAAGGUAAUCAACAAAGUUUAUAAAAUGUGAUGUGUAUGUAUAUAUGUGUCCUCUUAAAGAUAGAUGUUUUCCCAGAUCCUUUUUUAUACCAGUUCAAAUUUGGAAUUUACAUUAUAUACAUAUACUUUAUUGUUCUAAAUAAAGAUAUUAUGCACUGCCAAAUAA